CCACCGCUGUGCUACCGACUGCUCCGGUCGUGGCCUCUGCCGCGCAUCCAACUGAUCCACUCGCGUUCACCGCCUCAGUGCCGACUGAUCAGCUCGCGGACACCGCUGCGCUGCCGACUGAUCAGCUCGGGAACACCGCCGCGCUGCCGACUGAUCCUCUCGUAGACACCGCCGCGCUGCUGACAGAUCCUCUCGUUGACACCGCCGCGCUGCUGACAUAUCCGCUUGCGGACACUGCCGAACUUGCAUCUACUCCCGUCACAUGGCCUGUCAACAGCUCCACUCGCGGGGAGCUGUCAUGCUUCUGUCUGCUCAACUUCGUGUGGUCUACUGUGCGUCUGGUCAGCUCCUUGGGGGGCCAUUGUCGUCGUGUCUGAUUAUCUCCACAGGAGGCUGUCUUGCUGGCAUCGGCUCAGUACGCGGUAUUUUGGGUUCGGUAGAUGCUUGUCAGGCCAACAACUGCUCUGCUCAGAGAGUGAUGGCUGGACAACUCUGUCGCCAUAUCAACUCAUCAGCUUGCUCUUGGAAUGUUGCCGUCAGAUAUUGUAUCUGCCCUGCAAGCAGGUUAAUGACCUGGUAAGUCACUUUAUUUCGGGCAAUGAUCAGUUAAAUGGUUAAUCUCUAUUCACAUUUAAUUAGAGACCCAUUAGUGACAUUAUCUUUUAGUAUUGUGUGAUUUUUCUAGGACUUUGCUUCAUUGCGUAGUUUGUUGAUUUUAAUGGCACCAGUCAAUUAGUCCAACAGUUUUUUAAAUUUUCCUUAAAAAAUAAUUUUUUCAGCUGUGGGCAGUAGUUAGAAAUUUUAUUGUCAUGAUGUAGAUUAUUAUAAAGAGCAUUGAAAUUAAAGAAAUUAAAGAUUCUUCUAUCACUGGGAUUCAUUUAAGCCAUGCAGUGUUGGGCUACCUAAUGUCAUGCUUGAGGGCCCCAGAUGGGAUCCAAACUCAGGGAUUCAGACAUAUGGAGCAGUUGCUCAAGUUGUCAAAAAUGAAUGAUAUAUUUACCACAACAUGUUUUGGGACUGCAUUAUCAGAUAAUCAAAUGGUUAAAGCUAUGUCAUUAGGAACUAUCAAAACUAAAAAUCCAGUAACAAACAUGCCUUUUCAAACAUUUAAAUCUCUUCUGUGAAUGUUUCUUUUUUUUGCAUAGCCUUCUCAUGAAGGUCAGUUACAAGCAGAGCUUUGUGAGAUGGUUAAGUGAGAAAAUGAGAUAUUCAAAGAAGAGCUUUAUUUGUUUAAUAUGGCAUGUUUGCUUGUAGUGUGUUAGUUUGAUGGUGUCUAUGGGAUAGCAAUGUUAAACUCUUGAUAACAGGAUAUAUAAGCUUGAAACAUAUUGUGGUAAAUAUAACUUGUAAGAUGUAUGGAAGUUUCUAUGUCCAGGUCAGCACGGUGACACCUACUUGUGGAGAACGAUUGCCCUUAGCGACCAGUCUCCUGACAGUGGUGGUUGUCUAAGUUGCUGCAUUGCUGGUUGGGUGCUGUUAGCACAAUGGCAGUUCUUCACCUGAUCGGCUAUUGUCGCUGUGGCAUCCCCAUUAUGGGAAAGAGUGUUCCUAAAGCUGUGCUUCUUGUGGUUUUCCAACUCCAAGCCAGCAGCUCCGCUCAUAUGAUACAGCUGUGAUGGGUGGCAAUCCUGCUAGGAGAGCACUCAUGAAUCAGUGCUCCACUCCCGGUAUCCACGGUGCUACUGACUGCUCUGCUCUGGGGAGCCAUGGUGCUGUCGACCGCUCCGCUCAUGGCAGCCAUGGUGCUGUCGACGGCUCUGCUCGUGGGAGCUGUGUUACUGUCGGCCGCUCCGCUCGUGGGAGCCGUAGAGCUGUCGACUGCUCCGAUCGUGGGAGCAGUGUUGCUGUCGGCCGCUCCGCUCGUGGGAGCCGUGGUGCUGUCGGCUGCUCCGCUCGUGGGAGCCGUGGUGCUGUCGGCUGCUCCGCUCGUGGGAGCCGUGGUGCUGUCGGCUGCUCCGCUCGUGGGAGCCGUGGUGCUGUCAGCUGCUCCGCUCGUGGGAGCCGUGGUGCUGUCGACUGCUCCGCUCGUGGGAGCCGUGGUGCUGUCGACUGCUCCGCCCGUGGGAGCCGUAGUGCUGUCGACCACUCCGAUCGUGGGAGUCGUGGUGCUGUCAACCGCUCUGCUCGUGGGAGCCGUGGUGCUGUCGGCCGCUCCGUUCAUGGGAGCCGUGGUGCUAGCAACUGCUCUGCUCGUGGGAGCUGUGACGCUAUCAACUGCUCUGCCCAGGGAAUCCAUCGUCCUGGUUGAUGCUCCACUCGUGGGGGCUAUUGACUGCUUCAUUUGUGAGGGCUAUCUUACAGGUGACUUUGCUACACACCAGUACUGUUGUCCAAGCCAUGACCUUGUGGUAGUUGUCAUUCUGGUUACAGUUCUACUUGUGGUGGCAGUUUGCUGGCGACUAUUCUACUCAUAGGCCCAUUUCUGAUGGUGAUUGCUGCUCAAGGAUACUGACAACAUUGCAAUGAUUAACAACUUCCUUUCAGAUAUGGGGACCAAUAUUGAACUGUAGAUCUUGUUGACUGCAUUUUCCAUAGUUGCACUACUUGAUCUUUCCAAAACAUAAAAUGCUUCUGAGUGUUAAGAUUCAACUUGAUUGAUGUGAUCCAGAAUGCUGUGUCUGACACCGAAUAGUGUUUUAAAAGCAUAGAAUAUUUUUAAAGCAUACUUGUUUGAGGCCAUAAGAGGUUGAAAACAUUAAAUUUGUUGUUAUCUUAGUUGUGGAACUUUGGACAUCAUUAUGUGUUAAGGAGUUUGAGUGUGAGGCCAGUAUUGCAUUCCACUCCCUGGAAGUAUGGUGCAGUUUGCAGUUCACUGUGGAUUUAGGAUGUGAAUUUCUUGUUGUGCAAUGCACUGAAGAACUUGAUUGUAGGAGAUUUACUCUGUUGUGUACUGCGUGGUACAGUUCAGACCUUAAUUGUAAUGUCUGGCAGACCAUGGGCAUUUUGUGCCUUGUACACAGUGUUUCAGUAUGUUAUGAUGUCCUUUGCAACUUUGCCUAUCAACUUGGGUGCUGACAUUGUGCAAAGUGGAAUGCAGCUGAUUCUCCACUAGUCUCCAAUCAUUGGUCAGUUGGACCACUGCUAAUUCAGUAUUUGGUUGUAGCAGCUGUAGCCACUCGCAACCACAUGCCUCAGUCUCUCUGCUCUGCAGGUGUUUUUUUAUACAAAAGAGUGUAUUGAAGUUUAGGCCCCUUGCUGCAGUUUAAUAUGCUUUUCAGUUUUGGCUGCUGUGGAUCUCUUAUCAGAUGCUGUGCGUUGUCUCUUAAUCUAUGUGCUAGGCUGGGGCUGUUAUCACCACUGUCUGAUUGAUGCAACAACUGCUCGUACCAUCCCAUGUCCCAGUGUUAUAUUUGUUAGUAAAUUGUCAAAGUCAUUGUUUUUUAAGUGUUUGUGUAGUGUUGUGGUGUUUCCUACAGUUACAGGUGCUUCAGUUUCCUGUGGUGAAAUUUGCAUUGGUUGUCAAACGUACUCGUGUUUUUUUUUAGAUAUCAAUUUCUUUUGUGCAUUUAUCCAAGAGGUCAUAGGUUUGCAUGUGCAGUAAUUCAGCAACUGUGGGACGAGGAGAGUGACCAGUUAAUACAAAUUUAGUUCCAGGAAACAAAAACAGCCAUAAUUGGUUCUUUGGAUAAUCAUAUAGAACUGUUAAACAGGGGAUGUCAAACCAUUUAUCAAAAAUUCACCAGAUACAGACAGUUGAGUCUGACUGACCACUCAGCCAGCCCAAUCCGUUCGAUUGGUCCAUCUCUGAAUGGAUUCCUUAUAUGGUCAUACCUAUAUGCUGUGUUCAAGUUUCAGUUUACCGGGACCACAACCAAGACCACAGACAAGUAUGUUUUGUAAGCUAUGUGCAUGCGCUCUAGAAUGUUUACCUUGUUAAUAUUUUGGUUGUACCGUGAUUAGCUGCUCUAUCUCCAUGUCGUUCAACGCAGAAGUGCCCAGCUUAUUUUUUUUUUUUUUUUUUUUCCUGGAGGUAUCCAGGAUUUGUCAAAUUGGUCAUGGAGAUGUCCAAGGUACAUCCAGGGAUCAUCGCACUAUAUGUCGCCGAGGUGGCUGGAUUUCACUGCCACAUUCAUAACAGAGGUGUCAGGAUUUGUCACAGAGGUAUCUGUUGUUUGUCGUGGAAGUGUCCAUGAUUCAUUGCACCAUUCAUCACAGAGGGGUCCUGUUCAUUGUGGAGAUGUCCAGGAUUUGUCCCGGAGCUGUCCGGGUUUUGUCGCAGACGUGUCCCGGAUUCAUCGUGGGGGUGUCUGGGAUUCGUUGCAUUGUUUAUUGUGGAGGCAGCCGAGAUUCAUUGCAUUGCUCAUUGUGGAGGUGUCUGGUAUUUGUCGUGGAAGUGUUCUCCAGGACUCGAUGCGGAGAUGUCUGGGAUUCGUCGCGGGACUCGAUGCGGAGGUGUCCGGCAUUUGUUGCGGAGACAUCCAGCAUUCGUCACGGAGAUGUCUGGGAUUCAUCGUGGAGGUAUCCAGGAGUCGUGGAGAUGUCCAUGACUCGUCGUGGAAAUGUCCGAUCUGCGAUUCAUCGUGGAGUGUCCAGCAGAAUUCAUCACAGAGGUGUCACGGAUUUACUGGCAGAGGUAUCUCGGUUCCGUCUCAUCGUUCGUUGUGGAGGUGUCCGGGUUUCGUCUCAUCGUUCUUCGCGGAGGUGUCCGGGUUUCGUCUCAUCGUUCUUCGCGGAGGUGUCCGGGUUUCGUCUCAUCGUUCUACGCGGAGGUGUCCGGGUUUUGUUUCAUCGUUCGUCGCGGAGGUGUGGGGGUUUCGUCGCGGAGGUGUGGGGGUUUCGUCGCGGAGGUGUCCGGGUUUCAUCGCGGAGGUGUCCGGGUUUCAUCGCGGAGGUGUCGGGGUUUCGUCUCAUCGUUCGUCGCGGAGGUGUCCGGGUUUCGUCUCAUCGUUCGUCGCGGAGCUGUCCGGGUUUCGUCUCAUCGUUCGUCGCGGAGCUGCCGGGUUUCGUCUCAUCGUUCGUCGCGGAGGGGGGGGUCUUGCUUUCGUCAUUGGUUUUUCUAAUUACAUAUCAUUGUGGUGUCCUAAGAUUUUCUUAACAUGCAUGAUAGAGGUGUUGUAAGAUUUUUUGGCAUCCAUCAGAUGUGUCACAAGUCAUAGCAUAUCCCUGGUGCACAAUGAGCUGAAAGGACACCACAUGGAAAUUCCUAUAGUAUUAUUUGUGCAUCAUGGAGGAGAUAGCGAUUUGGUGCAUAUGGUACCAAAUAGAUGCCUGUCAGUUGACACAUUACAGAGUGUCCAGUUCAGAUUGUACAAUAAAUUUAUCCAUAGUUCACAGCUUGUACAAUAAAUUUGUCCAUAGUUCAUAUUACCAUGCACCAUGUUCACUUUUAUGGCUGGCUGCCUAAGUUACAGACCAGUAUGGUUUAUUGUCUUAUUCCUUAUGGAGAUGUUCAUUGACUGUCUCUAUAUUAAUUGGGAAUUUUUUGUGAUUCUAGUCUGUCAUAUGCUUAUAUGUAACUGGUGUCUCCUGCUUUAGACACACAAUUGAGACCUUGUCUUUCAAAAAUUAGAACUUGAUCCAUGUGAAGGUACAACAUUGACAUACAAAGGUUAGCUUGUGUGCCACAGUGAUGUCUCAGUUCUUUUUACCAUUUUCUGUAGUGCAUAAUGUGAAUAGUGAAAUAUUUGGUUUUGUGUAAUUGGCUCAAAGCAGGUAAGACUACAUAUGGUAUUUAAUGAUGUAUACUUAACAUUUGGUGUUGCCUUUUUUUGUGCUGGUUGAUUUAGUCACCUGUUGUAUAAAAAUUACAUUUACUGGCAGAAAUAUCCCAGUAAAGCUGUGGAUUUAACUCUUGAUAUUGGACUGCUCUUAAGAGGUUGUAUGGAACAAAAUUGCAGUAUAUAUCUGUUAUUAUUUCUUUUCAUUAUGGCCUAACUACUUCUUCAUUAGAGCAGAUGUAUCCUAAGAAAUUCAGAAGCUGUAUCACUGAAAUCAAAGAGAUGUGAGAGUUCAUUCUGACACACAAGUGCAGUUGGAUUUUUUUUUAAAUUUAUUUAUUGAUGUUAGCAGAUUCAUCACAGAUAAUCAGCGCAUUUUUUACGCCAAAGACAUAAACUUCCUUUUCAAAUGUUUUUAUGUACACACACUGUAUUACUUUGAAGCAGGUCUCAAUUCUGCAUCACAUACUUACUUGUCAACAUGACUGCAGGAACAAGGUGUGUGUGACAUGCCCCCCCCCCCCCCCCCCCCAACACUAAAACAAUUCCACUCAUGCAUUCCUUUCUGGGUCUUCCAAUUUGCAUGCAGUCUUUUAUUGUGAUCGUCAGUCUAAAAUUUUCACUGAGUACUGCAUUAGUUUGAUUAUUUAUCACUUCUUUGGAUUGAUGCAGUUCUCUCACCAGAUUCUCAUAAAGAAAACUGCACUUAAGUGAGAUAUGGGGGCAGUCACCCACUUGUAAUGAAAUGACCUAAUUAAAUUCCACAAUUGACUGUGCAACUAGUACUGGACUUCCAUCAUUUCAUUAAAUUUCACAGUUCAUGAGAAAGGUCUUCCUGGAUAACAAGUCAUCUCUCAAUAACAGUUGAAUUCUAGAAAUGUUUUACAAAGAAUGCAGUUGUGAAUGAUUAAUCAAAACCUAACAUACUGAAACAUAGUUGAUACCAAAAUAUUAAUUUGCUGUCACAUUGUUUUUAGGCAGCAAUUGGCAAGUAUAUAUAGAGCAUUACUUGCUAUGGUCCUAUAUGUAGUCUUACAGUCAUGUGUGUUUAUACCGAUAUUGUAAUACAUACUUAUUUCACAGUUAAUGUAAUCUUUAUUAGUGAUAUUAUUUCCUUGUUCAUCUCUGUAAUUCAUAUAGAUUUGGAAAUGGUGAUAAGUCAGGUCCUUAUUUUUUGAAGAAUAAUUUAAGCAUUGCUCUAUAAUCAGGAAACUUACUACUUUAAAUCAGUAUAGAUCAAUGUUCUAGCAAGAUUUUUUAAAGUAGGAUCAACAUUUUAGAGCACCUAAUACUAUGAAGUUUCAUGUACCAAAUUCUUUUGUAAAAUAAAUGUUCCUCAACAAAACUAUGCUACAUCUGUCAGUACAUUAUAGAAAAAUUGCCUGAAUAAUAAUACUCAGGUAAACUGAAAUAAUUGUAAUAUUUACUAGGUAAUUGAUAUCCAAAAGUAAACUAAAAAAUUGAAAACAAAGCAUUUAUUUACUUUAGGAAUGAUACCAGAGCAAAUGGAGGUCCUACACUUUUCAUACAUUCUUUGUUCUUAUGAUUGGUGACAAAGCUAUUAUCAGUGAUGUUAUUGCUCUAAUGUGGUUGAAAAGUUGCAUUGCUCCAUGCCAUAAACUUAUUAGUGUUGCUUGUGAACCUUUCAUUGCAGUUCCUAGUGUGAGUGUCCCAUUAAAAAUUCCUUCUGUCACUUCCACCUUCAAAAUAGAGAAACACUUCCAUCAGUUCUCAUUUCAGCUUAUAUAAGUUACUUAAACUGUGUGUGAGAGACUUAUGGGCACUCAACACUGAGGUUAUCAGCGCACCAAAGUGGAAAUUUGUAUCCAUGUCUUAUCUUUUGAUUCACAUGUAAUGAAAAUUAACUUUAACUCUCAACUACUAAAUUCUUUUUAUUUUAUUUAUUUAUUUUGAGAGAGUGUGUCUUUCUCGAGUAUCUGAAGUUAAACACCAGGAUGGAUUCAUAAUAUGCCUCGCUCAAACAUGAAUUUGGUUUAGUUUAUGAAAUUCUUCUCAUUGAACAUUUGAUGAGUUGUGUAAAUAAAUCACAUAUUAAGUACAUAACUAAUUGCUUUGGUGUCUUUACCAUUUGUUAAUAUUCAGUGCAGAGUAUGAACACCAUUAUAGCAUAGAAUCAUAGUUUUUUUUAUAACAUUGGUUGGUUGCAUGAGAGUUGGUAAUGAUAGUUCUGUUUCUAUACUACUUUGUGAGACAGCGCACCAUCUUGAAUUUCUGUAUGGAUAAUACAUUAAACUGAACGUCUUCAAUGGAAUUUGUGCUUACAUAUUAAUAAAACUAUUGUAAUCAAAGUCAGUCUUUGCAUAAGCGAAAUAAAGAUUAUAUACCAGUGCUCUGGUUGAAAUCCAGUCAGCAGUUUCUUCCUCAUUUUAGAUACUUCUUGCUUAAAUUAGAACAUCUUGUGGAACCUUUUGUGAUCAGUUCUUAUCAGCCCUUCAGUACUAUAACCACAACUCUAUUUCAUGUUUGCGAUUAUUUUAUGUUUCAAUUGAAGAUCACACUGCACAACAGUAAUUUGUUGUGUAUCGGCACUGUGGGAAACAUAUUUCUCCAUUAUGGGAAACCCAUUGCUCCAUAAAUCUAAUAAAUUGUCAAUAACUGGCAAGUGUCAGCAGUGUCAUGGCAAUAUUUUUAAUCCUUUAUUACUUGAUGUUUAGUAUAUGAUGGUUGUUAGUAUAUAGAUUAUUUCCUUUGCCGAGAAAACAAGAUAAUGAGGGUUGAAGUAUUUCCAGUGUUUUCUAUUUAUCAAAAAAAUAAGUAAUGUAUGAAUAAAAAUAAAUGCUAAUAAAGGAAUAACAUUUUCUAAA